UAAAAACAUCACCACAAGCUCCACAAGUUAAUUCGUACCAUCCGAAUGUAAGGGCUCAUCAAGUAUUCAAGAUCAAGGGUGAUCAAAGUGACUCUAGAUUGCCUUGUCUGCUCAGUUGAAAUACACGUUAGAUGGACUUGCAGGCCAUAACACGCCUAAAUAUAACCCCUCUCUGGUACACUGACAUGUUCAGACAUGCGUCAGCGAGUACAGCUAUAACAUCCAGACCGUUUCAGCGUCCCAGUUACCCCAUGUGGGGGUGAGAUGGUCCACCACAUGGCUAGGGGAUCGCAUUUCCUUACUCCAUCACAGUUAUUAAUAAACACGAACAGAAGCACUGUUUUCGAGGAGACAUAACAACACAGCUGUCUUGGGGAGUCUCAGGAUUACCAUCUGCUUGUUUUAUGUUUUUUUUGUUUUUUUACAGAAAUUGAUAGAAAAGGUUUAAUUUCUUCUUCUGUUGGUGUGGAACGUUCUUCUUCUGUGUUUUGCUGUCCCUGCUCGCAUGUCUGCUGAGGGUUCCUGGAAGGGGGGAGAGGUUGAUUUCCCAGAGGACUCUCACCCAGAGGGGAUACUGGAGGGUGCUGGGACAGACUGUGUGUGCAGCCCCCUCAGCGAUGGGGUCAGCCUGAUCCAGGGGACCAUCACAGAGAUGGUGCAGUCAGCGGAGAGACAGGCUGAGGAGGCCUGGGCUUGGGCAGCAGGGGGUUUGGACAGUGUGGGACACCUGUUUGAGGAGUGCAUCAAGGCGGUCUCCCUCCUGGAGGCAGAGAGGGAGAUGUUGGUGCAGGAGUGGCUCCGACCGCAGCAGCAGAGGCUGCAGGCUGUGGAGGCCCUGAGGGCAGAGCGAGGCAGGGGGAAGCAGCAGCUCUCACUGGUGCAGCUCAGCCACGCCAGCCUGCAGGAGCAGGUGGCACAGGUGAAGAGGAAGCUGUUUGUCACGACCAGGGACUGCAUUCAGAGUCAGGUGACUCUGGCUACCCUGCAGUAUGAUGUGGCCGAGUUCACGCUCACACAGGAGGAGCUGCAGUCUCAGGUCCAGAGCCUGGCGGAGGAGGCAGCCCAGCUGUGGGAGGCCCAGCGACAGCAGCUGAUCUUCCUGAGGGACCAGGCCAGGAGGCCCAGCCGGCCCCGCGCCUCCAGCGACCUGACACACGUCCGCAGGGCCUCGCUGGCCCUGCAGCGGCGCCUGAGUGGCAGCAUGCGGGCACUGGAGGGCUGGUACGAGCCCCGUCUGCUGGCUCUGCUGCGGAGGAGGCAGGCUGGGGAGGAGGCCUUGAGGAGGACCAGGGAGGCGGGGGAGGACCUGGAGGCCCGGCUGGGGCCGCUUAGGGAGGAGACAUGGAGUCUGCAGCUGCAGAGGGCGUGUCUGGAGGAGAGGAUGGCCCUGAGGGAGGGGGAGAGGGAGGAGAGUGUGGCACAGCAGAAGGAGAUUGUGGAGACAUUGGAGGACACCAUGAGAGAUUUAAAACUGGAGCUUGAGGUUUUGAAAAAGUCCAAAACAGACAUGGAGAAAGUGACCAAUGACCUUUUAAGAGAGGUGGACUUUCAAAGACGCUCUGGUGACGUGUGUGAGACCACAGAAGAACAGGAUGCAUGAUUAUCACUACAAACGAUGACCUUGCCUAUGAUCACCAUUAUCUGCUCAUCCUCAAAUGGAAAUACCACAAUCUUGCCAAUAUAUUUUAUUAUGAACACAUAACAACAGAGGACAUCAGAACACAACAUAGUUGUGAAACAAUACAGUAACAGACAUGGUAGAUAAUCUAUCCCAAGAAAAUAAAGGGAAUGAAAAGGACAAAUCUAUGUAAAAUGUCUUUAAAAACGUAACUGUGUGGUGUACUGUACUGUUUUGAUUAUCGUUUGUACCUACUCAGUAAAAAGAUGAC